AACCGUCAUAACCUCAAGAUUGAUAGGGACGCGCACACUUCGGCAAGCACAAAAUGUCUGGAAUACUUUUCGAAGACAUAUUCAAUGUGAAAGACAUGGAUCCGGAAGGUAAAAAGUUCGACCGAGUUAGUCGGCUUCACUGUGAAUCAGAGUCGUUCAAAAUGGACCUUAUACUGGACAUAAACUCUUGGCUGUAUCCUUUAGAAUUGGGCGACAAAUUUCGUCUAGUUUUAGCGACUACACUGCACGAAGACGGCACGGCAGGCAACAUGGAGUACAACGCAGCAGAAAUAGAAGGAUCGCGCGCUGACAGCUUCGAAUACGUAAUGUUCGGAAAAGUGUACAGGAUCGAGGGGGAUGACUCUCAGACAGAAUCCUCCAAUAGGUUGUCUGCCUACGUUUCAUUUGGUGGCCUAUUGAUGCGGUUACAAGGCGAUGCAAACAAUCUGCACGGUUUUGAGAUCGACCAACACAUGUACCUGCUAAUGAAGAAGUUGGCGUUUUAGGGAAAAUUCUUCCUUAUGU